AUGCGCGUCUUCCGCAUGGUGCGGGUGGUGCGAGUGGUGAAGCACGUGAAGUGGUUGAAGUCCUUAAGAACGAUGGUCUUUGCCCUGAUCAACUCCUUCAUCUCCUUGAUGUGGGCCUUUUUCAUGAUCAUGCUCAUCAUUUUUGUCUUCAGUAUCCUCUUUUGCCAUGGUGUGGCGCAGUACAACUACAGCAGCGUUGAACGGUUCGGCCGGGGAUGGGUUCCUGAGGAUUGGUUGACCCAGGCGUCGGAGACGCGAGCGGUGUAUGGCUCCUUGUGGGAGACCUGCGUGAGCCUCUUUGGCGCCGUGACGGGCGGGAACGAUUGGAUGUUCUAUGGUGGCUAUUUGAGGAACCUGAAGAUGGAUGAGAACGACUUGACCGGGGAGAUCUACUUCAUCGUCUUUGGCUUUUACGUGGCAUUUUGCACGGUCGGAUUGCUCAAUGUGGUGACUGGCAUCUUCGUGGAUAGCGCUGUGACCACCCGCACCGAGGAUGAGGUCGUUGAUGCCUUCAAGGAUGAGAUGAACAACAGGCAACAAGAAGUGAGACGCAUCUUCCAAGAGGCCGUGGGUGAAGAGGACACCAACGACCAGGACGAUGCUCCAAAGAAACCGAUGUUGACCUUCGACCAGCUCAAGGAACAGCUGGACAAUCCUUGGGUCAAGGCCUACUUCUCUGGCUUGGACAUUGACCCUAACGAGGCAGCCAUCAUCUUCACGCUGAUGGACACGGACCACAACGGACGCGUCACGAUAGAUGAGUUCAUAGACGGAACGAUGAAGCUGAAAGGAAGUGCCAAGAGCGUUGAUAUGCUUCUCUUAAUGUCGCUCACGCGCCAGGUUUAUGGCCAAAUUCAAUACCCUAUGCUGCUAUAUGGAGGACGAAAUGAGAUCCAUCAAGUCAGUGAUCCUCCCAGGAGAACAGCCUCCCAAGAUCUUUGA